AUGGAUGCCAGUGUUAAGAGAUAUAUAAGAAGUGAUUCAGCGAGUUGCGCUCAUAUGGUCGAGGAUGGGUCGUCCAACAACAGAAAGAGCGCUGACCCCCACGAGAAGCUGAAGGCUUUGUUGAAUUCACCCGAAGAAGACACGGACGAUACUCUGCCACCUUGUGAUGCUCCUAAAUUUGGAACUGUCAUUCAUAAUAGAAUUUUCGUAGGAGGUUUUUCAUUGACGACCACCGACGAAGACCUGUGGAAGUUCUUCUCCGGCUUCUCAACAGUCACAGCCGCGAGGGUCAUCUACGACCGGGCUGGUGUCUCCAAGUGCUAUGGCUUCGUCACCUUCGCGAGCCAGAGGGUCGCCAGAUUAAUAGUCAAACAGAGCGGUGGAGUGAUGUUCUCCCCUCUUGGUCGACUUCGAGUAGCCCAGGCAGUUAGAAAGCAGUCAUUAUUUCAGAUGAGUCAGAUUCCUAUGCUGACUUCUGAGGCAGCGCCACUACAAGCGCCGUUGUGUUAUCAACUCAUCUGCCCCCCACUAGCGCCGUUACCGACAUGCGCUCCUUGCGAGAUCCCCCCACCACCAUACGCAGUGUACCCUGUACCUUUCGAUACAGCCCCAGCACUAUACGCGCCCCCCGCCCAAUUCGCGUUGGUCCCAGCUCCGUACAGCGCCACGUGCUGCGAGCCGGCGUGCUGCGCGCCCCUUGACAAACAACCUCGCCUCCCGGCGCCUCCCCUACAUCCAGCCUUCAUCUACUGA